CCCUCCAAAGAAGAGGCUGUACUUCUUCUCGAUUACUAUAGAGAACAUCGCGAAGAUCUCCAUCAUAUUCUGCACUUCCCAACCGUGCAAGAGCACUUGAACACUUGCUAUACUGACUUGACGGCGGGUCAACCUGUCAAUGUCAGUGUUUUCGUUUUACUUUUGAGCAUAUUUGCCAGCGCAUUUGUUCUGAUGUCACGCCAAGGUUGGAAAAACCCCCUCCCUUCUUCACAAUCCGAUAGCAUUCGGUUAUCGACGUACUGGGCUGGCUGCGCUCUCGACAUCAUGAAGUACCAUCAUAAUAAGCCAUGUGACAUGUUCGAGGAUAUCCAGGCGACGAUUCUUCUAGGCUUUUUCCUUUUAAAUGUCGAGGGGUUUUCUGCCAGAUUACAUUCGUACUUGAUCGUUAUUGUUUCUAGAGUACGAGAUCUCUCGCUACACAACGUUGAUACUAAAGGAUCCUCGAAGCCUCGAGGUCCACUAGAUACUGAAAUUAAGCGUAGAGUUUGGUGGCACAUCGUUACAACGGACUGGAUUCUCUCGCUCCCUGUAGGCGCGCAAGAAGGUACGUAUUCUGUGCAGCCACGACAGAUGGCAGUCAACGUCCCUUCCAACAUCGAUGAUGAAGACCUGAACCAUACCUAUCCUCCAAUAAACCGUCCUCUUUCUGAACCAACAGCAAUAUCAAAUUUUUUUACAGCGCAUUGAACUCGCGGAGUUAUGUUGCGAGGUCGUCAACCUGAUACCCGUCUCUAUGUGUGACAUCUCAACCAUCGACUAUCAGCAAGUGAUCGCUUUGGAUCAACGAUUUGAAGGUUUCUUUCAAGAGCUGCCUGUUUCCCUCCGGAAUGACAAGCAAAGUAUCCAGCAAAGCGAGCAAGUCAUAGCUCGGUAUCCACAAGUUCGAAUACAACGUCAACUUCUGUCGAUGCUUGCAAAGACCAGGCAGGCGUUGCAAAUUGCACCAACCUGUCCUCAUCCGUGGAUCUGUGAACGUGCGGUACGCUUUCUCACGCACCAUAUCACUGGAAUCUGCGCGUGCGCUGCUUGAGGAAAGACGAGGCGUCAUUACCAGCCAUCCUCAAAGACCGCUACAAACUCGGCGGCAAUACGGGUUAUCGUGUGUAUGGCCACCAUUGUCCUAGUCAUGGAUCUGUGCUUCAACAAGAAAUCUCUCUGCGACAACAGCAGCAUGACAAAGGCCGAGGUCAUAGAAGCCUGCCGCACCCUCUAUCAAGACCAAAGCGCACCUGGCCUGGGCACCGCAUAUCUCGCUUCGCUGCUGGAUGUGCUGAGGAAAUACAAAGUCAAACUU